AUGGCAGACGAGGACAAGAAGGUCGCAGUGGGCGAGGAGAGCAAGACUGCCGGCGAGAAGGCAUCCGAGACUGCUUCUGCCGUGAAGGAGAACGUCUUCAGUAUGUUCGGCGGAGGUCCUAAGAAGGAGAGCAAGCAAGAGGAGGACGAGGACAACGACCGUUCGGGCAGCGCGAAAGCCCAGAAGGAUAAGGAGGCAGCUGAGAAGGGCGACGAUGACGAGAAGGCGGAGGAGGAGGAAGCCGACGUGCACUUCGAGCCUGUCGUGCACCUCACGGAGAAGGUUGACACUAAGACCAACGAGGAGGCCGAGGAGCAGACUUUCAAGAUGCGCGCAAAGCUCUUCAAGUUCGACCGUGAUAGCAGGGAGUGGAAGGAGAGAGGUACGGGCGAUGUUCGACUGCUCAAGCACAAGGAGAACGGCAAGACGAGACUGGUCAUGCGGCGGGACAAGACUUUGAAGGUCUGCGCGAACCACUACGGUAUGUUGCAGAGGUCGCGUGACAUUGGAAACUGUGAUACUGACGAAGAACAGUCGUUCCGGACAUGAAGCUCUCUCCAAACGUCGGCAGUGACCGCAGCUGGGUGUGGAACGCCGCUGCUGAUGUCUCUGAGGGAGAGCCAGAGGCCCAGACACUCGCCAUCCGCUUCGCCAACGCCGAGAGUAAGUCAAACCUAACCACCCUGAAUCAAGUGCUUGCUGACAGGCUGUAGACGCCAACCUCUUCAAGGAAGCAUUCAUCAAGGCCCAGCAGGAGAAUGAGAAGUUCUUCGGCGGCGAGAAGGCUGAGUAA